GGUAAAGAAUCCAAGAUGGCGAUGUACUGUUCAAUAAGCAAUGAAAUUCCAGAGCACCCCUGUGUGUCUCCAGCAUCAGGUCAUGUCUUUGAGAGGAGACUUAUUGAAAAGUAUAUAGCUGAAAAUGGUACAGAUCCCAUCACUGGUGAUGUGUUGUCUGAAGAACAAUUGAUUGAAGUAAAAGCAAGUCCUUUGGUUAAGCCAAGACCACCUUCUGCAACAAGUAUUCCUGCUAUAUUAAAGGGACUUCAGGAUGAAUGGGAUGCAUGUAUGUUACAUUCUUUCACUCUCAGACAGCAACUACAAACCGCAAGACAAGAACUUUCCCAUGCCUUGUAUCAACAUGAUGCAGCUUGUCGUGUCAUUGCAAGGYUAACUAAAGAAGUGACAGCUGCACGUGAAGCUUUGGCGACUCUUAAACCUCAAGCUGGUAUUGCUGCAGUUCCUGCUGCAUCAGCUGCUGCGCCAGCAUCUAUACCUAUGGAAGAAAACAUGGAAGUUUCUGUGCCUGCUGGAGAAACUGGUAUGAGUGAAGAGGUCCUCCAGAAAUUGCAAAAGAAAGCUACCCUUCUUACAGCAGAACGUAAAAAGAGAGGCAAGAGAAUGCCAGAAGAUCUUACAGCACCAGAAAAACUUAGAAAUUAUCACCAAGUGGCAACAUACCCAGGUCUUCACAGUGCAAGUACUCCAGGGAUUUUGGCUCUCGAUGUUCAACUUACAGAUACUUCUAAAGUUCUUACAGGUGGACUGGACAAGAAUGCUAUUGUUUUCUACAAAGACACUGAACAGGUUGUUGCAACACUUAAAGGGCAUACCAAGAAAGUCACAAAUGUUAUUUAUCACCCUACAGAGGAGAUUGGUAUCACAGGGUCUGCUGAUAGCAAUAUAAAGGUGUGGUCACUAUUAAAUGGUACCUGUACUCAUACCAUCAAGGCACAUGAUGAAGGAGUCACUGGACUUAGUCUUCAUGCAACAGGCGACUAUUUGUUGAGUUGUUCUGCAGAUCAGCACUGGGCAUUCUCUGAUAUUCGUACUGGUCAUGUGUUGAAUAAAUGUCUGUCUGAUCCAUCUGUUAAUCAAGGUCUGACUUGUGCACAGUUCCAUCCUGAUGGUCUCAUCUUUGGUACUGGUACAUCUGAUAGCUUAAUUAAAAUUUGGGAUUUGAAAGAAAGAGCCAAUGUUGCUAAAUUCCCUGGCCACUCUGGACCUAUAACUGAUAUCACCUUCUCAGAAAAUGGUUACUAUUUAGCUACWUCAGCUGAYGAUGCUGUUGUUAAACUUUGGGAUUUGAGGAAGCUGAAAAACUUUAAGACUAUCACAUUGCAUGAUACUUUUGAGGUCAAAUCUCUCAGUUUUGAUCAGAGUGGUACAUACCUGGCUGUAGGAGGAUCAGAAAUUCAAAUUUAUGUGGUUAAACAGUGGGAACUUUUGAACAGCUUUAAUGAUCACACAGGACUUGUGACAGGAGUGAAGUUUGGUCAACAUGCUGGGUCUCUCAUCUCCUCAAGCAUGGAUCGACACCUCAAAUUCUUUUCUCUAUAAUAGGACUAAACAACUUGUAUUCUAUAUAUAAUACUGUGUUUUUAUCAAGAAUUUCUUUAAUUGUUUGUAGCAGUAUAGUCCUGGCAGCUAAUUUCUAGUUACAGAACUAGGUACCUUACAUAUUAUAACAAGACUGUCCCUUACAGGGCUCUAGCUAGUACUUUCCUAUACAGGCCUGCAGGCUUGUUGCCAGUGUCAAAACUGUAGCUAAUGCUUUAUAAAACAGCUAACAGUCAGUGUCUUGCAGGGCUGCAGCUUUAUUAGGAUAUAAACUGUUAGAGCAGGUGCUAAUACAUUCUAUUUUAUGCAAAAUACUCAUGACAUGUAUAGUAUAAAUUAUGUAAACUAGGUACUAGUAAGACAAAAACAUUGUUGUGCAAAUCUUGGAUAGUUGCAUAAUAAAUUGUCAGUCCUGUAAUAAACUAAACUUGGAUCUUGAAUUCAAGAAUUAUUUUUGAAUUAUGGUUUUGAUCAUUUUAAUUAAAGAAGUUGCAGCUGUU